AUGAUCGCACUCGGUCUCGAAGGCAGCGCCAACAAGCUUGGUGUCGGCAUCAUCUCGCAUCCCGCCCCGGGCAAGGAGCCCAUUGUGCUGGCGAACCUGCGCCACACCUACAACUCGCCGCCGGGUGAAGGCUUUCUGCCCAAGGAUGUCGCCAAACACCACCGCGCCUGGGUGGUGCGCCUGGUCAAGCAGGCCAUGCGCCAGGCCGGCGUAACGGUCGACGAUCUGGACUGCAUUUGCUACACCAAAGGCCCCGGCAUGGGCGCCCCACUGCAGAGCGUCGCCGUCGCCGCGCGCACGCUGUCGCUGAUGUGGGGGAAGGAGUUGAUCGGCGUCAACCACUGUGUAGGACACAUCGAGAUGGGCCGCGCCAUCACCGGUGCUGAGAACCCGGUCGUGCUGUACGUGUCGGGCGGCAAUACGCAGGUCAUCGCCUACGCGGCGCAGCGCUACCGCAUCUUCGGCGAGACAUUGGACAUCGCAAUCGGCAACUGCCUCGACCGCUUCGCCCGCACCCUGCGCAUCCCCAACGACCCAGCGCCUGGCUACAACAUCGAGCAGCUCGCCAAGAAGGGUAAGCACCUCGUCGAGCUUCCCUACACGGUCAAGGGUAUGGAUGUUAGCUUCUCUGGCGUCAAGUCGUCAGUGGACGAGUUGGCGGCCAUGAUCAGCGAGAACUUGCCUGAGGACCAGAGGUUGCGCAGCGAGGAGGACGGAGAGUUGAUCACGGCCGCGGACCUGUGCUUUUCGUUGCAAGAAACCAUCUUUGCGAUGCUGGUUGAGAUCACCGAGCGGGCGAUGGCCCACGUGGGCUCCGCACAGGUGUUGAUCGUCGGAGGCGUUGGUUGCAACGAGCGGCUGCAGGAGAUGAUGGGCUUGAUGGCACGGGAUCGCGGCGGCAGCGUGUAUGCCACCGACGAGCGCUUCUGCAUCGAUAACGGCAUCAUGAUUGCUCAAGCCGGCUUGUUGGCGCAUGCGUCGGGCGUGAAGAUGCCCUUCAAAGACACCACUUGCACUCAGAGAUUCAGGACAGACGAGGUCUUUGUCAAGUGGCGCGAUUGA